AUGGCGCCAUCCUGGAAGCGCACGCACCCAAUCAGGAGCCGCAACGCACCCCGCCCCCGGCGCGCCAAUCGCGGUGGCGCCCACGGGGAGUGGCCAUUGGGGCCUCGGGCUGCUGGGUACGCAGGCGUGCUACCCGCCCCGCCCCGCUCCAGUCGGCGCGGUGCCCCGGGAGGCGGUGGUCAGGGUCCGGGGAAAAGUGUGCGGAGGCGCGUGUCGCACACAGCGGAGUCUAUCCCGGACAGCGCUGCGGGAUGCAGUGGAACAGGAAAUGUCAGGCCGUCCCCGUCCCGCGCCCCGAGGCCAGGGUCCGGCGCCCAGCUGGCCCGCAGAGGGGUCGAUGCCCCGGGUGGUGCACUGUUGCGACGGAGACAGACGGCGCCCGCAGCGUCCCGGCUGAGCGCGGAGCCUGUGCUCGGGGCGCUCCCGCGGCGCGCUCUCGUCCGGUACCUUCUGCUCCUGCAGCGCUACCCGGUGCUCACCAAGGCGGCCACCAGUGGCAUUUUGUCAGCACUUGGGAACUUCCUGGUCCAGAUGAUUAAGAAGAAGCAGAAGAUAGCAGACUCUCAAAGCCUAGAUGUCCGCGGGCCUCUCAGAUAUGCAGUCUACGGGUUCAUCACAGGUCUGCUAAGCCACUGUUUCCACCUCUUCCUGAAGCGCUGGGCCCCUGAGGUUCCCUUGGCCUCCAUCAAGAGGCUGCUUCUGGACGGCCUGCUCUUUGCCCCGGCCUUCCUGCUGCUAUUCUUCCUCGCCAUGAGCCUACUGGAGGGGAAGGACCCUGCUGCCUUUGCCACCUGGGUGAGGAGCGGCUUCUGGCCUUCUUUGCGGAUGAAUUGGCGCAUGUGGACCCCGCUGCAGUUCAUCAACAUCAACUAUGUGCCCCUGCAGUUCCGAGUGCUGUUUGCUAACCUGGUGGCUGUGUUCUGGUAUCCCUACCUGGCCUCUCUGGGGAAGUGACAACGGCCUGAGGAGGACCUCGGACGCACAGUGAAUGGGGCUGGGGAGCACCCACCAAAGCAAGAGCUGCGACCCACACAGGGAGGACUCCUGAUGCUAAAUCAUGUGAUUCACGGUGCCUCAAAAUAAGGGCUGGAGAAACAGAAGCCUCAGCUAUCUCAAUCUUGAGUGGAGAGGCAAUGCGGGGUGCUGCCUUGAACCCAACAAGGGUCUCAAUAAACUUCGAUGCAGCUGCUUCCUUGGUGGUUGUAAUUUCUCAGGAGUUUCCAUUGCUUGGGAGAAACCUGUAGCCAGGUGUGUUCUUUUUUGGGGGCGUUGUGGUAACAUAACACAAAUUGACAUAAGUACAGUCACAGUGCUGUACAGCCACUGCCCCCAUCCAUUCUAGGCCUUCAUCUCCUCAAACUAAAACUGUCCCCUUUAAACAGCCCCUUCCAUUUCCUCAGCCCCUAACUCAAUCUCAAUAUUUUUUUCUUUUUUGGUACCGGGGAUGGAACUCAGGACUUGAGCUUUCGAGGCAGGUGGCAGAACCAAAGCUACAUCCCCGGGCCUAUGACUCCCUGAAUUUGAGUCUAGGCAUGUUGUAUGAGUGGAAUCACAUAGUAUUUUUCCUUUUUUGUUUGUUUUGGGUGUUUUGGUACCAGGGAUCGAACUUGGGACCUUGCACUUGCAAAGCAGGCGGCGGAACCACUGAGCUAAAUGCCCAGCCCCUUAUUUUUCCUUUUUUAAACUGGCUUAUUUCACUUAGAAUAACAUCUGCCAGGGUUUAAAUGCAAGGACCAGGCCAGGGAUUUAGCUCAGUGGUUCCGCCACCUGCCUUGCAACCACAAGGACCCAAGUUCAAUCCCUGGUACCAAAAAACCCCCCAAAAAACAAAUGCAAGGACCAGAUAUAGUAAUAAAUAGUAAUAGUAAUAAAAAGGGCUGGAGUGUAGCUCAAUAGUAGUGUGCCCCUGAGUUUGAUCCCCAGUACGGCAAAAACUUAAUUACAUUUAAUAAAAAGGGCUGGGGAGCUAGUUCAGUGGCAGAGUGUUUUCAUAACAUGUGCCAGGUCCUGGGUUCAGUUCCCAGUACCACCAAAAUAAAAAGUUGGAGUCUUUGGGGGCAUAAUUAAGUCACUCAUAAAUGCACUGGUACCCAUAUAAAAGAGGCUUCAGAGAGUUCACCCUGCUGGUCCUUCUGUCCCUGCCAAGUAAGGACACAGCACACCCCACCCCAUCUGAAUGAUUAAGAAACAGGAAUGUGGGCCAGGAAUUUAGCUCAGUGGUUCUGCCGCCUGUCUUGCAAGCGCAAGGACCCAAAUUCAAUUCCCCAUACCAAAAAAAACCCAGGAACGCCAUCUUGAGGGCAGAGAGAUUGGGCCCUCACCAGUGGCACAUUGGUUUUGGACUUUCCAGCCUUCAGGGUGGUGAGAAAUAAAUCUCAUUGAUAAAUUA